CAAAGAUCUGACCUUUUUUCUUCAGUUUCUUCUGUGAGGAAGAAGAAGAAGAAGGAGAAUCAUGUUUUUGUUCGAUUGGUUCUACGGAAUCUUGGCUUCGUUAGGUCUAUGGCAGAAAGAGGCAAAGAUCUUGUUUCUCGGUCUCGACAAUGCAGGAAAAACCACACUACUUCACAUGCUCAAAGACGAGAGAUUGGUUCAGCACCAGCCGACACAACAUCCAACGUCCGAGGAACUUAGCAUUGGGAAAAUCAAGUUCAAGGCUUUUGAUUUGGGUGGCCAUCAGAUUGCUCGACGUGUUUGGAAAGAUUACUAUGCCAAGGUUGAUGCAGUGGUCUACCUCGUGGAUGCUUAUGACAAGGAGAGAUUUUCAGAGUCAAAGAAAGAGCUAGACGCUCUUUUGUCUGAUGAAGCCCUUGCUACUGUCCCGUUUCUGAUUCUUGGAAACAAGAUUGAUAUCACUUAUGCAGCCUCGGAAGACGAGCUUAGGUAUCACUUGGGUCUCACCAACUUCACCACCGGUAAGGGGAAAGUGACAACAGCUGGAGGAGAUUCUGGUGUUCGCCCACUUGAGGUCUUCAUGUGCAGCAUUGUCCGCAAAAUGGGGUAUGGCGAGGGAUUCAAGUGGCUCUCUCAGUACAUCAACUAAAGACAAUACCAUCAUGUCUCCAUGUCAAACCAAAGACAAAAACAUUUUUCGUACCAUGUCUUUUUCUUGAGCUUAAAAGAUUUUGUUAAUGAUGAUGAUAUCAUAGCACUAUUUUCUUCUAUUUGUUGUUUGGUGACACAUUUUUGUCAACAGCUUGUGUUUUAAUUGAAACAGUAUUACCAAUCUUU